AUGCUUUCAAGAACUCUUUUUGAUGUUAUUCGUGGAUAUUUGAACAACAAAGUCAACGGAACAGAAGAAAAGUUCAUAUCCGAGCAAAUGGAUGAAAUGCAGAAAGAAUGCGCAAACGCAUCAAUAGAUGAAAAAUCUGAUAUCGUACAACAAGUCAUUUUCCUCAAUUUAAUUGGCUAUGAUGUUUCAUGGGCAGAUUUCACCGUUCUUGAAGUCAUGUCUUCUGAAAGUUACUCGGCCAAGAGAAUUGCCUAUACCGCGGCCUCCCAAAUGUGGAACACCCAGUCAGAUGUCGUUAUUAUGGCUACACAUAGAAUUCAUCGCGAUCUUACAUCUGUUGUUCCACUUAUUGCGAAUGCCGUCCUUACAUCUCUUCCUCCUUACUUAUCUCUUCCACUUGCACAGCAUAUUGCACAUGACGUCAUCGCCCUCAUGUCCGGUGCAAGGCCACAACUCCGCCAAAAGGCUAUUAUGACUUUCUACCACAUUUGCCUUAAAUAUCCAGACGCCUUACGUCCUGGCUUCACAGCAUUACGUAACAGACUUGACGAUACAGAUCUUUUUGUUGUUUUCUCUGCACUUACAGUUAUGUCCGAAUUAUGUGCUCAUAAUCCACAGAAUUUCGUUGGUAUGAUUCCAAAAUUCCACAAGAUGCUCGAAACCGCACCAACAAACUGGAUUACUGUUCGUCUUAUUACAAUUCUUCGCAUGCUCUGCAGCGUUGAGCCACGUCUUCCAAAGAAACUCGUUCCUCCAUUCACUACAAUCCUCGAGACAACAAAUUCGAUCACAGUUCUCUUCGAAUGCGUCAGAACUAUCAUUGACAUCCCAAUUACGAAUCCAAUCCUUCUUACAUAUGCAACACAGAGAAUGCAAGCCUUCUUAGAACACAAGGAUGCCAAUUUGAGGUUCCUUUGCCUUACACUUUUCAUAAAAUUAAUCGAAAUUCAGCCAAAACUUGUUGCUCAACACAAGGAAUUAAUCACACAAUGUCUCGAUAGCAAUGAUGAGAGCACUCGUCUCCUCGCUCUUGAUCUCCUCGCAGCCCUUGCCAAUACAAAGACAAUUGAUGGAAUUGUCGGCAAAAUGUUCGACCAUUUCAGGGACUCCAAGAACCAAGCGUUCAAAGAUCAAGUACUUAAGCGCGUUAUUGAGAUCUGUUCUAAAAACGAUUACGAAUUAAUCAGCGAUUUUGAGUGGUACAUUACCUGUUUGAUCGACUUCCUCGAAGAAGGAGGUUUUACCUGCUACAACGAGCUUGCCGAUCAGUUCUACGACCUUGCAUCUCGUGUACCAGAUACUCGCCAGACAUUAGUCGAUCUAAUGUCCGCCCUCUUCGACAAUGUUGAGUACAAGGACAAGACGAGACUGCUUUUGGUCGCAUCUUUCAUCAUUGGAGAGUAUGCCGAGUCGAAUGAGUGCAUUGAGUCACUUGUACAGCCUCUUGUCCUUCAAACAGACGAGAGAGUUCAACUCUGCUGCGUUUCAGCCGCUCUCAAGCUCUAUUUGAGGCUUUCCGACGAAGAAAAAGCAAAUGCUCUCGAAACUCUCAAAACUGGCCUUGAAAUGUUCAGAACAAGUGGUCCCGCCGAAGUCCAAGACAGAGCAGAGAUGAUCCUUAUGCUUCUCAACAUCUUCGAGACCUCCCAAGAAUCAGAUGAAAUUUCCCAGUUGCAAGAGACACUUUCCAGCGAAUUACCUGAUGACCAAGAGCCAAUAGAGCUUCCUCCAGGCCUCAACGACCCAAUUCCUCUGUUCGCAAUCGAAGAAAAAGAGGAAGAAAAGCCGGAAGAAAUCAUCGACUCGAAACUUCCGAAGAAGAAAGAAGAGCACAAGGAAGGAGAGGAGAAGAAGCCGAAGAAGCCAAUGAGGAAGCAGCGCCAGAACGCUCCGAAAGCCGUUGUCAUCAAAGCUCCAACUAAAACAACAACUCCUGUUUCGAAUUCUGCUCAAAAAGCGAAAGUUGCUCCGAAGAAUUCCGCUUUAUCCGAUGCCCUCGCGAGUGUUGACUUAACGAGUGAAAUGGCCGAUGUUCAGAAAGAGCUUCCUCGCCCUAUGCCGUACAACCAGGAGCUCCUCAUGAAGCAGGCCCAGCAGAGAUCGACGCAUUCCAAGCACUCACACGGCUCAAAGAGGAAACGCAGCAAGAACCAGGAACUUCCAAUGCCAAGCGCUGUUUCAGUUCCUCCUCCACAGCAACCGCAGCCUGUCACAGCUCCAAAGCCUCGCUCGAGGAUGCAGCUGAUCGGAGAGAACUCGAGUUUGAUCGUGAACGCAAUCGAAUUCACUCCGAGCCAGACAAAUCCAGGAAGACUCGAAGUCGAAGUUUUGAUCCACAACCAGACAGAACUGACAAUAAAUUCGAUAGACAUAACAGUUCAGUCACAAGGAGGAGCUGUUAAAGGUGUUGACGUGCCAAGUAUAACAACACCAAUUUCGCCUGUUUCAAGCGCAACUCACAAGAUAACAAUAGAAGCAGCAAAUAUGACGCAGCCACAAAAAGUGAGAAUUAUUUUUGUCCCUGUUGAAGGAGGUGUCGAAACACUCGAUGCAACAUUGAGAUUGUUCCCUUCUUUCUUCUUGACAGCGGCACCAACAGAAGGAUUCGAACAGGCAGAGAAGAAAUGCACAUUCGAUGAGAAGAUGAAGCCAAUUCAGACUCAGAAAGCAAGAGAAGUCCUACAAACAGCAUUCAACGUCGUAAGAGGAUCAAACAUCAAAUUACCUGAUGCUUCUUCAAGAGCUAUUUACGCAAAGACACCAGCCGGUCAUGAGGCAAUUGCAUACGUGCAGGCAGCUGCUGGUCAGGUAAUAAUAGAAGUUAAAAGCACUAACGAAUUACUUGGAAAGUCUCUCGUGAAGGAGUUGGAAAUGAAAGUCAAAGCAAUCGAACAAUAA